AUGACAGUAGUAAAAACUGAGUUGGAAAGCGACACCAGCCCACCUGCGGCUGUAUCAUUCUUUGAUCCAUCUCUCAAUGAGAUUCGAAAGCGGGUAUUCUACCAAUGGGCUCGCACUUUAUUGAUUCUGUGCGUCUUCGUGUAUGCCGUGCUAUCUCUCUUCUGGGGAGUCCAGUACGGCACUGAGGACAAGUUCCCAGUGCUGAAGGUAUGGGUUGUCGAUUUCGACGGCCAAGUUGAUCCAUACCGCUCCAAUGAUACCAUCGUUGGUCCAGCAGUUACGGAUGCUGCCAAGAGAAUCCUGCAGUCUGACAGCCUCCACCUCGGCUACACUAUCAAAUCCCCCGCCGACUUCAACUAUGACCCCUUGGCCGUACGCCAGGGCAUCUAUGACGAACAUGCCUAUGCCGCCGUGAUCAUCAAGCCUAACGCAACAACGUUGCUCCGGGAUGCAGUCACCAAUGACAAUACAACCUACGAUCCGACUGGCGCCAUCGAGACAGUAAUCAUCUCCGCGCGCGAUGAAACAACCUACUACACCUAUAUCAUGCCCGACCUAGUCAUCCUACAGGGCAUGGUGCUAGCAGAGUUCGGCCCUCAAUGGGUCCAAUCUCUCACUUCAUCUGUCAGCAACCUGUCAUCUGUGCCCCCGCAGGUGAUCAACCCGGCCAUUGGGUUCACGUCCAUCGAUCUACGUCCUUUUGCCCCGGCUGUCGCUACGCCUGCCGUCACCGUCGGUUUGAUCUAUCUGAUCAUCAUUGCCUUCUUUAACUUCCCCUUUAUGAUACCUAUUCAUGCUCAGUUCAUGAAACCAGAUGGCCAUCCACCGUUGAAGGUGCCACAUUGGCUCCUUUGGCGCCUUUUCUCGAGCCUGGUGGCUUACUUCUUUCUUUCGCUGUGCUACUCACUGGUGUCUCUGACUUUCAAGAUCCCAUUCAGCAAUGACUCUGCGUCUGAUGUUCUAUCCGCGAACAAUCCCAAUGGCUAUGGACGUGGCUCAUUUGUUGUGUUUUGGAUGCUGAACUGGGUUGGCAUGGCUGCCUUGGGGCUCCCCUGUGAGAACAUGGCCAUGAUCCUCGGCUUCCCAUGGAGUGCUUUGUUCCUUAUCUUUUGGGUUAUUACGAAUGUUGCGACUGGGUUCUAUGCCAUUGAUUUGGCUCCGAGGUUCUAUAGAUGGGGGUAUGCAUGGCCGUUACAUCGAAUUGUCGAGGCUCUACGAACCAUCCUUUUCGAUGUUCAUUCGCGCAUUGGAUUGGACUUUGCUAUUUUGUUCAUUUGGAUUGCAGUAUCCUUGGUCUUUUAUCCUGUCGCGACCUUCAUCAUGCGGUGGAAGAUGCUGCGAGGGAUAUAA